AGAGUUGCUUGAUUAGAAACAUUGCAUUUCGAAAGUGUCAUAUUAGCGAAUAGUGCGAAUCAGUAAACGUGCUAAAUUAUUUGUACUGAGGUUGACAUUAGUGUUUUACAACAAUUUCUCUUUGCUCGCUUUAUUUUCUGGAUGGCUCACUCUAUUUUCUUUUCAACUCUGGUCGCUGUGAUUGUAUUCCAUAAUGUGUGCAGGGUAGCAUGUAAUGAUGUUCGUCGUACAAACACAGGAUCAUUGGACGUCGUUAAACGAGCUUUAAAAAGUAGAAGGACCAAUAGUGAUUUGAAAUCAGUCAUUCUGCUUCAAAAAAAAAUUUUGAACAUUCUAGAAAAAGCCAAGAUUUGUAUUAAGAAUACAAAAGCGAAAGACUGUGCAGAACUUUACAAGAAAGGAGAAAGGAAAAGUGGUGUGUAUCAGAUUGAUCCGGAUGAUCAAGGGAGUUUCAAUGUAUAUUGUGACAUGAAGACAUCUGGUGGUGGUUGGACUGUUUUUCAACGUCGUGUUGAUGGUAGCGUUGAUUUUUAUAGAGGAUGGCAGGAUUACAAAUAUGGCUUUGGGAACUUGAAAACAGAAUUCUGGCUGGGAUUAGAUAAAAUAAACAGAUUAACUUCUCUAACACAAAAUAAACUUCGCAUUGACAUGGAGGAUACAGCAGGCAACACAAAAUAUGCUGAAUAUGAUUUUUUCUCUGUUACAAGUGAAAAACUGAAAUACAAGUUAAGCCUUGGAACUUAUUCAGGAACAGCUGGUGAUUCGUUUAAAAGUUCCCACAAGGGAAUGGCCUUUACUACUAAAGACUCUGACAACGAUAAAUCUUCUUCAGCAAAUUGUGCAGUUAUUUAUAAAGGCGCAUGGUGGUAUAGUAAUUGUCAUGCUUCUAAUUUAAACGGGAUCUAUCAUCAUGGUAAACACUCUUCAUACGCUGAUGGUAUUAACUGGAGGGCAUGGAAAGGCUAUUACUAUUCCUUAAAAUCUACAUCCAUGAAAAUAAGGCCUCGUAAUUUUUUCUGAGGCAGUAAUCUUUUAAGAUGGAAAGAACAAUUUUCAGACUUGUUUUUACCUUAAUAUUUCUUAUUCUUAGUAUAUUUUAGUCCAAAUUUGAAAUUAGUUCAAGGAAAUUAGUUUUGAUUCGUUUACGUAGAUUUUCAUUAGACAUUUGUUUGCAACAUAGCUAUUAUUUUGUUGUUUUUUUUUUGUAGCAAAAUUUUUAAGAAAAAUCAUUUUCCUUAAAUAUUGUUUUAAUACCUUUCACGCACAACGUCUUUCUUAAAAUAAUUCUUCAUGAGCAAAUCCUAACAGAGGUUUUAUUGUUAACGAUACUUCACUGCUGCUUUAUAAAGUGAAAUGUGAUGAUGCAAAGUAUUCACUUCGAUUCGUGUAAUUAUGUAAUUUCGGACGAUUGUAGGUGAUAUUUGUUGUGAACACUACAAUGCCAGAGUUUGCCUUAAACAGCUUGAAAAGAAGAGAUGUGUUGAGAGCUUAAAUGCAUCUUCUAGUGUUAUGGUUAUUCUUACAUCUCUUUCAAGCUCUCACUACUUUUCAUUUAACAUUAAAUAUUCUUCAUGCU